AUGUCCCGCCAGGUUGACCGGUGGGUCGGCAACGAGCCGCACAACUUCUUCGACGUGCUGGAGGCCGUCUCGUGCUUCGUCUUCUCGGGCGAGUAUUGCGCGCGCAUCUUCUCGGCCGCCAAGGACAAGCGCCACCUCUACUCGCCCGUCUACUACGCGACGACCUUCUUUGGAAUCGUCGACCUGCUCUCCUUCUUGCCGUGGUACGUGCAGCAGGCGAGCCUCGCGCUGGGGCUCGCCGGCAGCUCGUCGGACGCGGCGGCCGUCUUCCGCAUCUUCCGUCUCUUCCGCGUCCUGCAGCUCGAGCGCUUCCUCACCGCCUUCACGCUGCUCGACAACGUGCUGCGCGCGUCGGCAGACGUGCUGGUGGCCACCGGCCUGAUGGCGCUCAUCAUCUGGGUGGGAGGGGCAGCCCUCUUCUUCCUCUUCGAGCAGCACAACCCAAACUACCGCGAGUGCGACGGCACCUCGCUGCGCUAA